CCCACCAAACAAAGUCUGGAGUAAAUGGGAACAUUAAUUUAAAAACUUUUACUUAUCAUUUAACACUUUUUGUAACAUAAUUUAAAAAAGUAGUCCUAAAAAAUCUCAUUACCGCAACAGUCAGAAAACAUCAACACUGACAUAUUUUCAAAAUGACAUGACAAACCUGAAAGAACAUAAUUUGGAGAUUCUGCACAUGCAUUUAAAAUCAAAGUAUUAUGCUUCUAUUUAUUAAAUUAACAUUUAAUAAGCAUCUGUUGCGGUAAUGAUAAUCAAAAUGUCAUGUAAGCAUUCUGACAAGACAAUAUUUCAAAUUAACUGUAAAAAAAUGAUCUUACCUGGUAGCCAUCUUGAAGUAACUGGUCCAUGUGCUUGGUCACUCAAAAUCAAACUUUAUUAAAAUUCUGUAUGUGUGCUUAAACUGUUCUCAAAAAGUGUUGCGGAGGAUGAGAACAUCAGGCAUGGACACAUCAUUUUCCUAAUUUUUCUUAAUUAUUAUUAUACAUGAAUAUUCAGUAAAUAUUUUUUCUGUCCAUCUAAAGUAGUCUAGCAAAACAUCCAUUUAUUUUUUUCUUAAUAUUUUUGUGUUAAUUUGAUUAAAUUACAACAUAACGCAUGUUCAAACACAGCCGGACAUAUUGCGAUAAUGAGAAUUUCAGCAGAAAAUGAGAUAAAAUGUACAAUUAUAAAUUCUUAUGUUGAAAUCACACAUUGUGCAAGGUAGAACACAGUAUUGUGUUAAUUCUGAUGUUUUUUAAUGUUACUAUAUUACACAUUUUAAAGCUAAAAUCAUUAGUGCCGUGGUGUUUCAAUGGUUUCGUGAGAAUCACCCAUAUAAGGUAUACAGAAAGUGAUAAUCGUGACCAGGGAAAGAAAUGUACUAGACUGGACUGGAAGGAAAUCUUAAUACAAAAUCAAUGUUGGUCUCUAUAUGGAAAUUAGCAUGUUAAACCACAGAAACCACUUUAUUUUAACUGUGGGAUUACGUGAUGCAUGUUGUGCUUUGCAUGCUGUUGCUCUUUUUUGUAUGAAAUGGAAAUGGUAUGGUCUAAAGUUUUUGUUGGUUCAAGUUUGUCUACGCAAAUAAUUUUUGAUAUAUUAUUUGUGAGCAUUCAAAUGGACUGUCAGACCAAACAUAAUGAAACUGUGGGGUAAAAGAUAAAUUAUAUAUCUGUUUUUAUACAUUCAUAAAACACAAAUGGCUGUAAUACUGCGUUCAAGAGCACAGGUUUUUCCAGGUUUCCAGUUUAUGAUCUACUGUCUCAUCAUGCUAUCUUUAUUAUUAAAAUCUGUGGAGACUGUUAAUUGCUCCGAACCCACUACAAACUCUCUCUUAAGUGCGCUGAAUGCAAGUAUCUUUGGCAGAACUGAAAUCCGGCCAGUUUUCAACCUGAACACUCCAACCAACAUUAGUGUGACUUUUAUUCUGUUUGGAAUUUUAGGUGUGGAUGAAAAAGGACAGAAACUGAAGACAUUCCUCUGGGUGGAUCUGAUCUGGAAUAUUGAAGGUUUGAGCUGGGAUCCUGUUGAGUGUGGAACAGACAGAAUCUCACUGCCGAGAAAAAAACUGUGGAUGCCCGAUAUUGUUAUAAAUCAAUUCGUUGAUGAGAACAAAGUCCCGGACACCUAUUACCUCUACGUCACUCAUGAUGGCAGGGCACACGACAGUAUUCCUGUUCAUGUGAUCAGCUCCUGUAACCUGGACAUCUACACCUUUCCAUUUGAUAUACAGAACUGUACAUUCACCUUUAAUUCAUACCAGCAUUCUGUGCUGGAUAUUCAGUUGUUCUUUGCUGACUCAGUGGAGUAUGUAUUUAAAAAAUCCCUAUCUGUGAUGAGUACUAAAGGAGAGUGGGAACUAGUCGACAUGCGUGCCAAUAAAUCUACAAUACCUACUGAUGAUGAGAGCAUUGGAUAUGACACUCUUAACUACUAUAUUGUCCUCAAACGUCGAGCCAGUCUGUACAUCGUGAACCUCUUGAUUCCCAGUUGCUUCCUUAUUGCUGUUGAUCUGUUCAGUUUUCUUCUGCCGCCUCAGGAGACGGAUCGCUCCACAUUUAAAAUGACUCUCAUCUUGGGAUACACUGUGUUUCUGCUAUUAAUGAAUGAUCUGCUGCCCGUCACAGGAAACACCUUACCUCUCUUAAAUGUGUUUUUCUCUCUCUGUUUGAUACUGAUGGUGGCGAGUCUGAUAGAGACAAUUAUCAUGACUAAUAUUAUGUGUGGCUCAAGUAAUUAUGGACCGUUACCUCAGUGGAUGAAAGUGCUUUUUCUUAAAUACCUCGCCAAACUUGUUUGUUUAAGCAGGAGUGAUCAAAACUGUGAUCAUGAUGAUUACAGAACUCAGAGCAGAUCUUUUGAUCCUGUAGUUAAAAUCCCAGAGACUGAAGACGUCCACGAUAUGCCUCAUACACUUCAUAAGCUGAAGAAAAUAAGCCAAGACUUACUUUCUAUCCGUCAGCAGGUUGAAAAACAUUAUGAUACUGAUCAGGGUACAGAUGAGUGGGUACUUUUGGGUCAAAUCAUUGACCGCUUGCUUUUUGGACUGUAUACGAUAUUUCUUGUAUCUAGUUUCUUCACUAUAUUAGUCUUUUGGGUGAUCUGGUACAAUAUGAGUGCAGCUUUGGUAUAAAUAACUUUACUCGCACUGUGAAUAAUUUACUCUGUGAAUGUCUUUAAAUGUACAACUCUGUAGUCUGUGUUUGUCUAUACUG